UACAGCUUUUCAUCUAUGCUCGUUCAGAGCUUCUCUUCCCUGACAAACUGCCGCUCGCGCUUCCUCUCUGCGAUCUGCCCGUGAAAGACCAUGGACAGGGAUCAACAACUGAAAGCUGCCUUAUUUUGGAAGCUCCCUCUCCUUUUCCAGUUCUGCAAAGGUGACUUUGUGUUAAAUAACAACUCCAGUCUUGUUGAAAAUGCUACUAAAGAGAGCCAGGUAACAAUGGAUUACAACCCUGAAGAUUAUUCCCAUCUUGACUACAGUCUAUUUGAAGAGAUCUGCAAGAAAGAUGAGAUCCGGAAGUUCCGUAAUAUUUUUCUUCCUGUUGCAUAUUCCUUGAUAUGCCUUGUGGGACUGGCAGGCAAUGGUCUGGUCAUGGCAACCUACAUCUAUUUUAAGAGGCUUAAGACAAUGACUGAUGUCUACCUAUUCAACCUGGCCUUAUCAGACAUUUUCUUUCUUUUGACUCUCCCAUUUUGGGCUGUCAGUGCAGCCAAGCACUGGGUUUUCGGGGAUUUUGCAUGCAAAGCCAUCUACCACAUCUGCCAGAUGAGUUUCUUCAGUGGCAUGCUGCUACUUCUCUCCAUCAGCAUUGACAGGUAUUUUGCCAUUGUCCAGGCAACUUCAGCCCACCGCCUUCGGUCUCAGAGAAUGUUUGCCAGCAAGGUCACCUGUUUCUUGAUUUGGACAUUGGCUUUCAUAUUUUCUGUCCCGGAAGUGGUCCAUACUGGUGUUUAUGAAUCUGCUUUACAACCACCACAAUGUUCCAUUGCCACAGGUGAUCGUAUAUCCUUAAGUAUCAAAGUAUCUCAGAUGGUAUUUGGGUUUUGCCUACCUCUGUUUGUAAUGACUUUCUGCUAUAGUGUCAUCAUCAGAAACUUGCUGCAACCCCACAGCUUUGAAAAAAAACAUGUAAUCAAAAUCCUUGUUAUAGUCAUGAUAGCUUUUAUCCUCCUUCAGCUCCCCUACAAUUGCGUCAUCGUCCUCCAGACCAUUUCAAAGUACAACCGAACCACUGGCCAGUGCAAUGCUGUCAAAAGCCUAGAUGUGGCUAAUGAUGUGACUUACAGCUUGGCUUGCUUCCGCUGCUGUCUCAACCCCUUCCUGUAUGCUUUCAUAGGGGUUAAGUUCCGCAAUGAUGUCCUCCGGUUUCUUAAAGACAUGGGCUGCAUCAAUCAAGAGCAGCUCUGGCGAUGGUCAACAUACCAGAAGAACAGUAGAAGUUCUGUUCCUACAGAAACUGAUACCACAACUUCUUUCUCCCCAUGAGAUGCUUGGACUCUGCACAACCAAUAUCAUAGGUGCUUGGCAACAGCUUUCAUUGUCCAACAUCAGAGAUUGAACCAGGAGAUCCUUAAGGUCUCACUUAUUGGUGGGAGUAUUUUCACAGUACUCGAAGAGACCCAACCCAUCCUUCUACUCCUCCACUGGUCAACUCAAUUUAUCUAGACACAACUUGCUACAAAUCAAAGAGCAGUAAAAUUGCAGAAAGCUGUUUGCAGAUCUUAACCAAGAGAACCAUGCCACAGCUACAGGAAAGGCAAGGUAUCUUCUUCUGAAGUUGAAGAGUGAAUUGAAGAUGUUGACAGAAUCCAGUACUUCCUAUGGGGCUCUUUAACCUGUCAGGAAGCCUGAUUAAAGAAUCUUGCAGACAUAAAAUGGUGACAAUUAUUUUGCUUCUUCCACAAAUCUCAGAAACAAGCAAAUAAAUGCCCUCCCUCCCUUCCCCUCCACAUUUCCGGCAUCCAUAUGUUAUUGUUGUCCCAACAGGAAAAAGAAAGCCCAAAUGACCACCGGGUUCAACCCACUUCCCCACAAGCAGAGUCACUUAUGUCCCCCCAUCCUUGUUCAUUACAAAGGUGUAAGGAAGAAAGUAACAUGCCACUAAAAUUAUCUUGGUCACCAGUUAUUUUUCUGAUAACUAGUACAAAAGAUUAUAUUCGUUGAACUGGCUUUACAUAUAGUAACUGGCAUCAGGAUACUUUGUGCUUUUUAUUGGAUAUUACCUUUAAUCCCUAUAUUAGAGGAAUGGCAACUUAAACUAUGGGAAUUUAUAUCAAGCUGUCUAAAAUAGCUUCACACAUGAAAAACAGGUCUGAUGUUUGUUUCAAUUUAAUCUGGAAACUGUUUAUGGAGUACAAGUUUGCUGCCAUAUCUAAAGUUUGAAUUUUCUUCAAAUAAGGGUUCUAAACUCCUAAGCUAUGUUUAUUUUUAUCAGAUAGAUUUCUUAGCUAAUCUAAUUUCAUUUUAAUACUAGGUUAAUACAGCAGUUUUGAAAGUGCUAAAAUGUAAAACUCUCGUGAAACUAUCUUUGUAUUUGUUCCAUGCAAGUUGAUAUAUAAGGACAAAAGUGAGGUGUUUCCUCCAAUGGAAUGGUUUGCACUUUCUUUUAAUUUUACCUUACGUUAUUCCACAAACUUUUCCAUGUAAUGUUUGUAUU